ACGGGAAGUGGCCGGCAGUUCUGCCAGCUUCUCUGCGUCUGAAGAAAGACAGAUUUAAGGGGAAACAAAGAAGCCCGCCCGUUUAUUAAGAUGACUCGAUCCCACUCGUUACUGUGGAGCCCCCAUCUAUAAAAUGAGGAGGCCGGACUAGACAGGUGUCCCCGCCUUUUAGGAGACGCUACUUCUUUACUUAUCCUAAAGCUUGGGUGGGAGCGUUACUAUAACCUGUGAGGCUGCUUUCUGGAAGAGACAUUUUCCAGGAGCUCCAACAGACCCAGAGACCAUUUCAAGCAAAGAAGAGUCAGGCUCUGCAUUCUCCUCGUGCACAGAGGCUGGGAAUUCUGUGGUUAGAAAAGAACAGAACUUUUGAGGUGAAAGAGACUUUAGAACUCAAAGGAUCAUGGAUUUAAACCGGGCUUGCCCCUCAGAGAUAGAUCUCCUAGCCCUGUGCACCUCAUUUUUAUCCUUGAGGAAACAAAGAUCACCCAGAUAAUGAGUGGCAGAGCUGGGAUUUGAGCCCACGUUCUCAGAGUCCAAAUCCACUCCUCUUCCCACUGUACUUUGUGGUAGAGGCCUAAUCAAGCUAAGUAAUGUGCCCAGUUUGUCAUGCAGUUAUGCAAAGUGAAAACGAGUGUGGUGUGGUGAGAAGAAUACUGGAUUGGAACUCGCCAGACCUGCGUUUCAGGCCUUACUUUGCUAGUUAUUACCUGGAAAAGGCUACAGAUGGAUCCCUACAGAGUGAGGACUGGACAUUGAAUAUGGAGAUCUGUGAUAUCAUCAAUGAGACAGAAGAAGGUCCUAAAGAUGCCAUACGGGCCCUGAAAAAGAGACUCAAUGGGAACAGAAACUACAGAGAAGUGAUGCUGGCAUUAACGGUGCUGGAGACUUGCGUCAAGAACUGCGGCCAUCGAUUUCACAUCCUUGUGGCAAACCGUGAUUUCAUAGAUGGUGUCCUUGUGAAAAUCAUCUCCCCUAAGAAUAAUCCUCCUACUAUCGUCCAGGACAAAGUACUGGCUUUAAUUCAGGCUUGGGCUGAUGCAUUUCGGAGUAGUCCUGAUCUCACUGGAGUGGUGCAUAUUUAUGAAGAACUGAAAAGAAAAGGGAUCGAAUUUCCCAUGGCAGACUUAGAUGCCUUGUCUCCAAUACACACACCACAGCGGAGCAUCCCUGAAGUGGAUCCAGCAGCGACUAUGAAUAGGUCUCAAUCGCAGCAAAGAAUGAGCUCUGCUUCCUCAUCUGCACCAUCUCCUACACCAUACUCAGCUCCUCAGGCCCCAUCUUUGAAUGUGACUGGGCCUAUCACCGCCAACUCAGAACAGAUUGCCAGACUGAGGAGUGAACUGGAUGUUGUCCGAGGAAACACAAAAGUCAUGUCUGAGAUGCUAACAGAAAUGGUUCCUGGGCAAGAAGAUUCCUCUGACCUCGAAUUGCUACAGGAACUGAACAGGACCUGUAGAGCUAUGCAGCAGAGGAUUGUGGAACUCAUCUCCAGGGUUUCUAAUGAAGAGGUCACCGAGGAAUUGCUACAUGUGAACGAUGACUUAAAUAACGUCUUCCUCAGAUAUGAGAGGUUUGAACGGUACAGGUCAGGUCGCUCUGCUCAAACUACCACCAACGGGGUCCUGAAUGAAGUCACUGAAGAUAACUUAAUAGAUCUGGGUCCAGGCUCUCCAGCUGUAGUGAGUCCGAUGGUGGCUAACACAGCGCCACCAUCUUCACUUUCCUCACAACUGGCAGGCCUGGAUUUGGGGACAGAUAGUGUCAGUGGAACCCUCAGCUCUCUCCAGCACUGUAACCCCCAGGAUGACUUUGAUAUGUUUGCCCAGACGAGAGGAAACUCCUUGGCUGAACAGCGUAAGACAGUCACUUAUGAGGACCCUCAGGCAGUGGGAGGACUUGCUUCUGCACUAGAUGUUCGAAAACACAACACUGGAGUGAGGAGAGGUAAAGGUGGGAACUCCGACAUGGAGCCUAUAGACAAGUGGCUAAUUACACAAGGAAUGAUCCCUGUUGCGCAGUCCUCUGUCAUGGAUGACAUUGAGGUGUGGCUCAGUACGGACCUGAAAGGGGAUGAGCCCGAGGAAGGCGUCACGAGCGAAGAAUUUGACAAGUUUCUCGAAGAAAGAGCCAAAGCUGCUGAAAUGGUCCCCAAUCUACCCUCCCCCCCUGUGGAGGCACCAACACCACCCAUAAAUACAUCUGGCAGAAAAAAACCAGAGCGUUCUGAGGACGCCCUCUUCGCCCUGUGAUGCAUUUUCUUGGUCUCCUUCCUUGUGCUGUGCAGAACGCUGCUGUCUGGUCACACUAUACUCUCCUCGGUUGUGGCGAACUCUGACCCCUCACGUCCCCUCCUGUAUCUGUCAACCUGAUCCAGUCCCCAGUCAGUCCUACCCCCUCACUCACUAAAAAGGAAACAUCACCUCUGGCCCCCAUUUUAUUUCCUCUAAGUCCACCCUCCAGUCUAGCUUGAACCACCUUUUCUUCUCUGGGCUGUGUGAACUUGGCUGCUGCUGCUGAAACCCACCCCUUCCCUCCCCCUGCUCCCACCGCCCCUUCCCAGCGGGUCCCUCCCCUCAGAAUCAUAAAUGCAUAAGCUCCCUUUUCUCGUGUUGGAAGCCAUGUAUGGCAGGGAAAGCUGCCCAGUGACUUGUCAAGGGAGUUUCCUAUUCCCUUGCCUCGUAGCCAAAUACUUAGCAGGAGAAAGCAGAGCAUCCUUGGGCCCAGGACGAAGGCAAGGAGGGGAGCAUGUGAUUCUUGAUGUUCCCAUGAGCAGGCCCAAGUCAUAAGACUCCUGCUCUAGAAAGCUGCCUUCCACUUCUCCCUUCUCUGUCCCCAGGGUUCCUGAAUGGGAGCCACAAUGAGUCUAACUCGGGACUUCGGAAGGUGCGUCACAUCUCAGGAGGUUUUCCUUUCUUGGGUCUCUUCCUUUCACUGUGAGUUUUUCCAGGUUGGCUUCAAGAGACUAGUUGAUGGUCUGAUGACUUCCCUCAUUUGGCUGCUCAUCAGCCACACACAUUAACUUGAUGUGGUUUAAAAAACCUCAGGUUUGAGGUUUCUAGCACUUUAAAAAGUUUUGCAUUAUUUCCCAAUAUUCCAGCAAACUUUUCCUGUUAAUCUGUUGUGGUUUUGGUCCCUCUGUGUCUCUCCUUUGCUGUGAGCCAAUUGUUCCCUGGUGGAUUCAAGUCUACCCACUUAGCCAGACAGAGCUUGAAAUCUUUGACAAAGGGUGGCAUUGCUCUUCUGAAGCAAUAGGGGUUGCAUGCUGUGCCCUCUGGUGGGAAUACAGUUUCUGUAUGGCCACCAGAAAAUCUGGAUAAUGAAAGGAAAGUCAAAAGGAAGGAAGGAGAUUAAAUCACGCAGAUAUGGGUCACACAGCCGCUUGGCUCUCACGUAGGAUUAAAACUCAUCUUAAACAACCUCAUAGGAAAGAGAAGUGGAGGAUGUCACUCUUUGGUUGUCCCACCUCCUUGGCUCUCUUGCUUUUUUUUUAAAAAAGAUUUUGCCCUAGGAAUACUUGCUCCCUGACCACAGAAGUGUUUGAUGUUUGUUAAUGUAUUGCAGAGGCUACUUUGGAAUGUUUACGUGGUCGGCUUUGUACCUCUUCUGAAGGAAGGGCCAUCUGAGCCCCACUUGUUGGCUCCUUUGGGCUCUGGAUAACUAUUUGCUACUUUAACACUAAGGCGCCUCUGCACUACUUUGGGCCCCUGCCCUGGCCCCAUAGUUGUAAGCUUGGGUCUCCUCCAUUGGACAAACUUGAAGUCAGCCUUCUGUGCCCUUGGCCUUUCUCUAGAGGGAAGUGCUUUUGGUGCACACGGUACCCUUCCACGCUUUGACUUCCUGCAAAUGGCUCCAGAUCUGCAGGAUGAUCUGCGAAGCUGACUAACAGACUGCCUGAGGGAAGGUGCCCAGCUGUCCAAGGAGGUGGCAGUCUCUUUGCCAGGGUUUGCAACCAUCCAUCCAUCAGAGCUCAUUUGCAGUCCUGGAUGUCUGAGAGGUUUCCAUUUAGGUCCUUCCUUCUUCCCCUGCCUGUCUGUCCAGAGCUGCCAGAUGUUAACCUUGCUACUUGCACAGUAACUGGAAGGGAAACUGCUGCUGUAGCCAACAGAGUUGUGCUGUGACUUCUUUCUUCCAGGCAUUGCCUACACUUGGCUCCCAAUAGCUUACCCUUUGCCAGUUCUGGGAGAACUGACUUUCACCAGCUGGUGUACAACUACUUGACAUGAGUUGGUCUGAAUUUGCUUCAUUUAGGCCUGUUGAGUCAGAUGCCGAAAUCUGCAGAAAUCCUCAUGAAUCUCUGGCCCGGAGUACCAUCUGAUGUUUGCAGCAGGCUCAAUUCAGCUUCCAUUAUUGUGCAUGUCAUGGCCAGCCUAGACCUCCCUGUGGCCCAGGGCAAUGGCAUGUGCAAAGUCAAAGGAGUUUCAAGUGGGGAACGUGGCUCAGAGCCAUACUGUUGGCUGGCAGAGAGAAGAGCCGAUUGAUUUUCUUCCUUCAGGAAAGAAAGGAUGUGUUGGAAUCAGGGACCAGAUUUUGCAGAGACAUGACCUGGCAGCUCCGAUGCUGGGAGAGGCAGACUAUCAUUGUUGUGGCUGAGCCAGAAUCCAGAUUUAGCUCCGGCUGCUUCUCGUGGUGAACAACCAGAGACACUAGUUAUCUGUGACCUGAAUCAGGGCUGCCCCUUCAGGUUUUUGAGAGUCAGCGAGUGCGCCCAAGCCGGAGCAGAGAGAGCUGGUGGCCUGAGAGGCUGAAAGGAACUCCAUUGGCUAAAUAAAGCCACAUCCACUCUGAGGACACCCAAAGGGCUUCCUUAGGGAACUUCCCGGCAGCUUUAAGCUGCUUCUAAUCUUCUCCCUUGGGCGACUGUUUUCUGUUCCUUCUCCUAAGAUCCUCUCUAUUGUCUGUCACUCCCAUUGUCAUGGUUCCCUCCCUAGCCUGGAUCUUCUUGCCUUCUCACUUCCUCCCUCAUUUUCCCUCUCUUUUGGCUUUUUCAACCAGUGUCCUGCAGUGCCCUUCGAGCCCCGGGUGAGCUGGGGGUGGGGGAUGCUCUGUGCCUCCUGCCCGCUUCUCUCACAGAGAUUGCGAUGCAAUAGCUCACGUAUAUCUGUGGACCAGAACUGGCCACGAUGCCUUAAUGUCUUUUCUGCCCCACCACCUACUCCUCUCCUUUUACCCUGUGGACAGCCUCUGAGCUCUUACAGCUCCCUUCAAGGAAUCCAUCUUGGCAAGCCGCCGAUGAUACUUCUGAAGCCCUUUUCCUUGUCCCGAGGGAAGGCGCCUCGGGCACAGCUUCUGUGCACAGACCCCCAGCUGUGGAAAGCCAAUGGCCAGCCCGAGGGGAUCCCCCGUCUGUAUGUCUGUAUGGGGACGUCUUAGGGAGCUUAGUCAGACCCUGAGGGAGGAAGCCCUGCAGUGGCCAGGUCAGCUGAUCUGCUCCUCACGUGCCCGGGGACAGCGUCUGCGCAUGCGCCAUGGUGGAGAAGAUGAAGUCGGAGCAGUGGCCGUGGGGGUACCUACCGGCCUCGCUAGCAGCUGACUCGCCGUGGAGCCGCGCUCCGCACCGCUUCAUGAAAGAGCCCAGAGAUGUUCUAGAUCAGGCCCCUCGCCAUCCUUUAGUCCGGGCUUUAGCCACUCAGAGGGAGGAAGGAUGUUCCCGGCAGAGACGCCAGUGUGCACGCACUAGGUAGACUAUGUGGAUUCGCAUCUGGACCAUUCUCUGGGCUCAUCCAUCGCAGCCAGGCAGCAGCAGCAGCGGCUUCGAGAUGCUUUAGUUGGCCAUGGAUGGUGGAGAAGGGUCCCGUCGAUUGGCGGCCCUGGGUCCAGGAGCUCCCCGCCUCCCCUCCCCCUUUGCCUCUCCAGUUUGUCCCUCCAUCCCAGAUGUCCACAGUCCGGUGGCCUUCGGUGGCUCUACAGUCCGAAGCGGCCCCAGUCAGCUCUGGCCGUGACUGUUUAUGUAUGCUAAUCAUACUGGAAGAGUGUCCUGUAUCAGGACCCCAUUUGGGCUCUGGCUCAUGCCCUAGCAGCCAAGAAGUGCUCAGAGGAACUAAGAAGCUCCCUUUCUUCAGUGUCCAGUCAAGAAGCCAUAGAAGAGCCGCCGCUGGCCCUUGGGGCCGGGUUCUUGCCCUGCCUCUCGGGGUGGCCCACAAACCCGGGCCAGCAGAGCGAGCAGGCCUGAGGACGGAAGCGAAUUGCCAAGGAGGGGGAUCACUAAAGUAGGAAGUGUCUCUGGAGAUGUUCGAAAUCACAGAUAUAGUAUGUACUUAAUUACACUCAAUUAUUGUUGGAAUUCCUUGUGAGCACUAAUUAUACCUGAUUAUAGGUUAAAAUAUUUAUUUUGUCAAAAUAUUUUCUUUGGGCUGUGUUUAACCUUUCCCUGUUCAUUGUGUGCUGAGAUGUGGAAAUGAAUCAUUUGCUUAACUUUGGGGGGAUGCUGGUAAGGAGGGGGUACAGCACCUUUGGCCAGAACAAUGGCCCUGUGGGGAUAUGUCAGGACAUUUAACCCACCAACUGGUCCAAGGAUAGGGAAGCGAGAGUGAAAGGGGUGCUUUUGAUAUGGGCACAAAAUACUUCUUGCAGUGAAGGGAAUGUGGCCUCGUCCUAGGCCAGGGAGGAAUCCUGUAGGGUUCCACGUCCUCUCCCUUGGUUCCUUCCCCGCACCUGCCGGUCCCACCGCCCCUGGUUACCUUCCUGGUUAGGCAAGACCAAGAGCUCUCUGAGGCCCGAGCUUACAACCAAGGUGUGGCAAUGGCUCACUUGUUUUCCUUCUGCCGGACAAGGCCCAGGCAUUCUCCCUGUGGUGGAACCCCCACUGCAAUCUCUGCGCCACCCCCCAACAGGAGCCUUCUUAACCAUACACAUUGAGCAGAGGUGGUCAGUUGCCAAAACACUAGGUGAGAACCUGCUUUUCCUUGUCCUCUCCCCAAUUCUGAGUGGGGUCCAGAACCCAGGCCCUGAGCCUCCGAGUGGGGAUGGCGGCCUGGCUCUUGGGCAGGCUGUUCUUUUGUUCCUUUCAGGGAGAGGGAAAGCUGGUUCAGCUUGAGCGGUCUGUGAUAAGUGCCCUAAAUAAAGCUUAGGACCUUCUUUUUCCUGGAAACACUGAUUCAGCAGACAAGUGCUCGUCCUCCUCCUCUUCUCCCCUCCCCCAGACCUUCUCCAGAACAUUUAAGUAACCCUUUGAUUGCUGAAGAAAAUCCUUGGGCCCAUCCCAUGAUUCAGUAAGGACCAUAACUAGCCUGGGAGCUCCCUCUAAGAGCCUGCUCUUGGGACAUCCAUCUUGCAAUCGGAAUCGUACCUUGUCUGCUUUUAUUCAUAGUGCUUCCUCUCCUAUUUGGGCAGGCUUUACCAGAUGGCCUCUUCCCCACCAUGUUGAUCCUGCCCCAUCUAAGAGGAGGUGUUUUCACCUUCCCAUCUGCACAAAGCAAUAGCAAAUAUUUUCUUCUUCACAUGUAUUAACCUUAAAAAUUCAUUCUGCUCGUACCUGGUUCAUUGCAUCAUCACCCCCCCACACCCCGACUCUUAAUAUUUUCUGAUUACAGCCUGGGACUCCAUCUUUCUCCUCCUCCCUCUCCCCCACUUGCCCGGACUUCCUUGGCCCUUCAGUCUUAGGAGCAGCAGCUCUCCUCCUGUCUGUCAAAGUACACUGAGCUGUUGUUAGCAACACUACUUCUCAUGUAACCCCAUAUAAUAGCAGCUUUCCUCUGUGUAUUAAACUAGGCUUUCCAGAUGAAUACGGGGGGAGGGUCAGAAUAUUUAUUUCCAGAAGCUGGUGGGUCAUUUGGGAGGGUUUACGGGAUGGGGGCUUGCGAGGGGGAAUGUAUCUGUUCAAAGGAAGAAUUGGGUCAAGAUGAUUGUCGGAUUGCACAACACAGCCGGUUUUCAUGUUGCCGCUGUGUGUUCCCAUAAACAGAUGAUGUUGGGUGUAACUUGUGUAUGGCUAAUGGUGAUACCAUUGUAUUAAAAUGCUACCAUUUGAUCUUAUUCCAGCUGCCAUCUCCUGAGUUUGGGUUUUUGCAUGUGAAAUAUUCCAAUAAAAACAACAACAAAA